UAAGUAAGUGAGUGGCGUAUUCGAGCGCUGCGAUCGCCAAUACAAUUUCGGCUGCCAAAACAACUCUGAACGGAAAAUUAAUAGUUUAGCUUCUACUAACUGCAACUUUACUUCUUGGGCAACAGUUCAUAUUCUAAACAUAACAAGCAAGAAAUGGCCGCUCGCAAUCGUCGUGUCGUGGAACCUGAUUUAUCAAAUGUUGAAUUUGAUACAAGUGAAGAUGUUGAAAUUAUUCCCACUUUCGAUGCAAUUGGUCUUAGGGAAGAUUUACUUCGUGGUAUCUAUGCAUAUGGAUUUGAGAAACCAUCAGCAAUUCAACAAAGAUCAAUCAAGCCUGUUAUGAAAGGAAGAGAUGUCAUUGCUCAAGCUCAAUCUGGUACUGGGAAAACAGCUACUUUUUCCAUAGGAGUUCUCCAAAUGCUGGAAACAGAAAUGAGGGAAACACAAGUUCUUAUCCUAUCACCUACCAGGGAGUUGGCUGUUCAAAUUCAAAAGGUUAUAUUAGCCCUUGGAGAUUACAUGAAUGUUCAGUGUCAUGCUUGUAUUGGAGGAACAAAUUUGGGAGAAGACAUCAGAAAAUUAGAUUAUGGACAGCAUGUGGUUUCUGGUACACCUGGAAGGGUAUUUGAUAUGAUCAGAAGAAGGAAUUUAAGAACAAGAUCUAUAAAAAUGCUUGUACUGGACGAAGCCGAUGAAAUGUUAAAUAAAGGAUUUAAGGAUCAAAUUUACGACGUGUAUCGAUAUCUGCCACCCUGUACGCAAGUUGUUUUGAUAUCUGCCACACUUCCUCAUGAGAUUUUAGAAAUGACCAACAAGUUUAUGACAGAUCCCAUCAGGAUAUUAGUCAAACGUGAUGAAUUGACGCUGGAGGGUAUUAAGCAGUUUUUUGUGGCUGUUGAACGCGAAGAGUGGAAGUUGGACACACUGUGCGAUUUGUACGACACUCUGACAAUCACCCAGGCUGUUAUUUUUUGCAACACAAAAAGGAAGGUUGACUGGCUGACAGAGAAAAUGAGGGAAGCUAAUUUCACUGUAUCCUCAAUGCAUGGUGACAUGCCUCAAAAGGAGAGAGACGCCAUUAUGAAGGAAUUCCGUUCUGGAUCAACGCGUGUUCUCAUCACAACAGAUGUGUGGGCAAGAGGAAUUGAUGUUCAACAAGUAUCUCUUGUUAUCAACUAUGACCUUCCAAACAACAGAGAAUUGUAUAUACACAGGAUAGGUCGAUCUGGUCGUUUUGGACGUAAAGGUGUUGCCAUAAACUUUGUCAAAAAUGAUGACAUUAGGAUAUUAAGAGAUAUUGAACAAUAUUAUUCAACCCAGAUUGACGAAAUGCCAAUGAAUGUUGCUGAUCUUAUCUGAAGGAAAGAAAUGUGCAUUAUUCAUUUUGAAAUAAAUUGUGUUCUGUAUCAGCAGAGAAAAGAUUAAGAAUCUAUCAUUCAUCAUAUUAUGUAGUUUUGUAUAAUAAAUAUCAUUAACAUUA